AUGAGCUACCUCUGGGCUGUCGUUUUAAUCGCCGCCUACUUUACGGUGCCUCUCACUGCGAUGUUUUCUCGGAGGUACGUUAGAAACAUGGACUGUGAUGAUAAAAAGUCAGAACACGAUAUUUUAGGAGAGUAUUAUAUAUCAUUUAAAGACUGCGCUGAGAAGUGUCGGGGAGAUUGUGGCGUGUUUGGGUAUAAAGAAGGAUUGAAGAAGUGCCGGCUUCACAGGAAACUCCACAAGUCGUCAGCUACAGAUGAGGAGGGCUGGAAAUACUUCUUUCAUGAUUUUCUCCCUAGAGAUUGUAAGGAUCUUCACGAUAACGACUACACAUAUACAGGGGUGUACGACAUCUACCCCUUUGGAGUCAGCUCUAUUCCUGUCAAGGUGUUCUGUGACAUGACAACAAUAGGAGGGGGAUGGACGGCAAUUCAAAAACGGAUGGAUGGAUACGUGAACUUUGAUAGGAACUGGAUAGAUUAUAAAAAUGGAUUUGGUUCAUCGGAAGCGGAAGUCUGGAUUGGGCAUGACGUAAUCCAUCAAUUAACCAAAGAAAACACCUCAUCCCUGUAUGUAACAAUUACUCUACAGAAUGGUACAACGCUGUAUGAAAUGUACGACGGAUUCUCUGUCUCUGACGAAGCAGGAAAAUAUCAACUGUUUCUUGCAGGACCUGCCACGGGGACCUUAGGUUAUCCUUACCACGAUCUGUCUGGGAUGUACUUCUCCACCCACGACAGGGACAAUGACAGAUCUAGUAGUAACUGUGCUGCUCUCAGUAACCGUAGAGGAGGCUGGUGGUUUAAUGCCUGUCAUCGCGCCUUCCUUAACGGUGUGUGGUCCUCAGAGUCCUGGCACUGGCCAUGGGAUCCCACAGUAACGAGUGGGACAUCAGUGAAGGGGACCACCAUGAUGGUCAGACGUCAUUAG